CAAAACGCAAUAGUAAUUUGUUUUUCAAUAAAAGCUUGAAGAAAUGUGACCAGCCCUACUCUCAGAAAUACCAAAAAAUGUUCAAUAGUUGAAACGUAAAGCCAAGUGUGCUUAGUGCGAUUUGCUUUCAUUUGCUUGAGUCACUUCUGUCGCAAUUUCUACGCCUCAGAACCGUGCCCAACCAGACAUUUUGGAUCGGGUUAUCCUGCUUCCUCUGCGGCAUCAUGGCAUCGUACGGUUCCAGUUCACCGGCAGCAUCGAUGCUUAGAAACCCGCCAACGGCCCUGCAGCUGCUGCUGGAAGAAAUAAACUUUCAGCGGACCAAGGAAAUGCGACAGCUGCUGAAAGAUGAUGGCGGUUUCGUCAUGCUUCAGGGCACCACCUACUGGACGGAUCUUUUCGUGCGGCACUUCCUGUUUCAAACGGAGAAGGUACACAGCAUCGACUGCGACGAUCUGCUGUUUUUCGUGCGCAAGAAGCACGUCAAAGGAUCCUCGCGAGUGAUGCCAAAAUUCGAAACCGAAAUCGAAGUAUUUCGCAAGGACUCGCGAAAGUUGCCGAUCGGCGAUCCGGACGUGGACUGGGAGGAAACGGUCUACCUCAAUCUGGUGAUUCAUCAGUUCGAUUACACGCUGACGCUUGCCAUCUGCACCCGGACGUCGCCCAAGGAGCUGCAGGUCCUGCGAAGACACUCGCAGAAGGUGUACGCAUCGCCUAGCCGACGGAAGAUGGACACCAAGGGCGAUAGCGAGGAGAUUACCUAUCCGCACAUCUGCUUUAUGGUGGAUAAUUUCGACGAAGUUUUUCACGAUAUUUUGGUUCGCGACGGGGAGAUGGUUUGCGUGGAACUGGUCGCGACGGAUCGAGAUGGGAGCGUGCAGGGUGUGAUUUUUCUCGGCUCGAUACGGUACGAUGCGUUGAAAAAGGUCUACGAUGCCAGGCAAUCUAGUCUAAGCUCUAAGGUAGCUCAGCGGAUGUCGUUUGGGUUGUUCAGCUCCGGUGGUCCACAAACACGGUGUGAAUUUGUGCGAAUGAAAGGACCGCAAGGAAAAGGCCAUGCCGAGAUGGCUGUUACUAAACCAAAGGGAUCAGGCGUAGAAACGCCUACAAGUGAACCGGGAUUCUGCGCAACCGACAUGUGGGACUCGGAGUGGGAGGAAGACUGUGACGAAUAUUACAACUAUCGACACCAACGGCGGCUGAGUGACCCCAGUGCGAAUCUCAACAAUUUUAAUCGGUAUGGCUGGCGAACAAAAACAACGAAUGAAUCUUCGUACGGAGGAUCAAAGGCACGUUCCGAGAACGAAGGACUAGAUUGUCUGGCCAACGAAGUGUCCGAAAUUGAGGCAGGCGAUCUGAGAGACGAUCGUCCUGCUUCCUCGGUGUCCGAUUCGAAGCUAACGCAACCCGAUGGUACCUUUGCCGGCACAACGCACGGCUCGUUGGGUUUGGCCGGAAAUCGUUUCUCUCUGGACGAUCGUAAAAUUUCCAUCGGCAGUAGCAGCAGCUGUUGCAACUGUUUCGGACCUCGCAAACGGUGGAGUGACUCCGCUUCGGCACAAAUGUCGGACGUGUACUACGUCCCAUGCUCCAAAUGUGAAGCCGAGGCUUUGGAGCUGGAAAUUGAUUCGCCAGCCUGUUUGAGUACCGUUUCGAAGGGACGUUCAACUGCUAAUAAGCACCGUAAUUUACUCAUUGUGGAAAGUGAAAUUGAAUUUCCCAACGCUGGCAAGAAAAAGGCGCCGGGUAAAAGUGUUAGUUUGGAAGGAAAGAGCCCCAGAAAGGAGAAGCUUAUUCUUUCCCCAAGUUUAAAAAAGAAAAUUGAAAAUAAUAAUAGAAGUGAGAAGUCUGAAGAAGGCGUGGAAUAUGAGAUAGCGGAUGACGCCGUCUCGUUGAAUGGCGACUUGAGUGACGAUGUGGUGAAGUUUGGUGUAAUGAAUGAACAAGAUGCUAAACAGAUGAUUCGGGUGAAUGGAAAGGAAGAGUUUCCAGCGGAAGAAACUAUUGGUACUAAAAAGAAAGCAAUAACCCAGAAUAAAGUGCCCGAUAAGGGAGACAAACAACUCAACUCAGCCAAAGGAUCCAAAAAGUACUUUGAGAAGAACUCAAAUGAAAUGCCAGUGACUUCCAAUAUUGCAUCUAGUAACAGUAACAGCAACAAUGGUAGUAGAUUUUCCUUCAUCUAUCGUAAAAAUAGUAAACUGUCGCUAAAGAACAAAUCACCUUCCGUGGAUAGUAGUACUGAAAACACUAACAAUAAGUCUAAUAGAAGAAAUAGUACCAGCAACAACGGUCUCUCUGGCCGGAGACAGGAUGUAAAUGGUAACCGAGGUGGAAGCAGGAGUGAUCCUGAACCGGAUAUUGAGCGGGAAUCUUCUCCAGAAGAGGAGCACCCUGACAAUGCUAACAUAAUAGAUGCACUCAGAGAUCUGCGAGCGAAAAAAGCAAGCUCAACGUUGCCGAAGGUCAGAAAACUAACCUACAACAGUUUCUAUCUGAGGCCACAGUACUUCAGUGCCCGUAUGCAAGAAAACGUACCGAAACGACGCACACCGGAUGGUACCGACAUCUACUACUGGUGUGACUAUCAUCCAAAGAAGGGCCGAGAACUAGACGACGGAGCCUACAAUCCUCUGUGGACAACGAAGGGUUUUACGCAAACGUUCCACUUCUGGAAGGAGAAUCGUCGCCAACAGUCAACGCCGUUGAACGCAUUUCUAACGUACGUAACGCUACCCUGGUGGAGCAUUGCAAAAGAUCUGCUGGAUCAUCGCGAGCAACCAAUACUGACCUUCUAAACAUUGAGCAUUCCUAGCAUCAAAACUGUACUAUUUUCCAAAAGGGGAAACACAGCAUACUCUGUAAAACGUACUGAUAAAGCAACUAAGCUACUAGGAAUUACAGCUUUUUACCUACACACAAAGAGCAUCUCGUAGGAUGCUUAGAUAACUUUGCUUCUGAGUCAGGACACUCUCUCCUCUCUCGAAACUGUUUUUGUUCUACCCCCCACAGCCUAGUCCGGUUCUAAAUUUUUACUUUUACUAGUCAGUUUUUAGAAUUUCAUUUUUUCUGUCCCCUCCAAAAAUUAGGCCGGUUUUUUAAGACGUGCAAAGUGUUGUCACAAAAAUUUAGGGAUUUCAAUGAAGAGAUAUUUAAUACCUAGAAUAGGGAUAAAAUGAUUGUUUUGUGUCAUAAUUUGAUCGUAGCACAUUUCUCUAUGCCCGGGUUUCCUGCUUUACGAAAUGUGCUUCAAUCAGCAUUUUUGUAUGUACCUACUUCAGCGGUCCCCGCUAUCACGGAGGAACCUUGCUUACUUUCAUCUUACGUGAUCUGAACCCAUAAAUUGAUAAUCUUAUGAAAUAUUGUUAUACAAAGCUAACAAAAAGAAAGUAAUGAUAACCGCUAAAAAAGGAGUUCUUCAAGAAUCGAGCGGUUGCGUGC